AUGACGCUGCCUGACAGAGCAAGAUACGGUGGGCGGAGCCUUGGUUUGUUCCUUGGGUUGAUGUGUGUCAAUCCUUGGACACUCAUUGAGGCCCUUGGAGUCUUUGAGGGAGAGGGGCCGUAUCGUGACACCGUUUACCUGUCGAAGUUCGUGUGCUCAUCUUUCACUGUCGUGGAAGCUAUUGUGGGCAAACCGGCAGUUCUUCCAUGUGCCAUCGUCUGCCAUGGCGAUAAUAACUGGACCAGGUUCAUUCCUGACACAACCACAGUUGCUCGCUGCGUCAGCGGGACAUGCAGGAUCGGCGCUGAUUUUAAGGAAAGAUUUACAUUCACGGGAAACGCCACACGAGGGAACAUCUCCCUUCUGAUCAAUCCGGCUGUCUAUAAUGACAUCGGAUCCUACACCUGCAGCUGUGGAGGAAAAACAGCUGAUGUAAAGCUCCAGGUUUUUGUUCCUACUGUAGUGGUGGCGAGAGAGCUGGAGACCAUCACUCUCCCCUGCUAUGGCGACACUCGAAGGAAUGCCAGGGACGCACAGUGGCAGAAAGACGGACAACGUGUUCUGCACUACGACAGUAAAACUGGCACUGUGACCCAUGGCAGAGGCUACGAAGAAAGAUGUAUGCUGUCAAAAGGUUUUGCAGAUGGUGACCUGUCCCUCCACAUCGGAUCGGUUUCCGAAUCAGAUGAGGGAAUUUAUCGGUGUACCAUUCAUGAUGAAUCCUGGGAAGGAGAACCGCGUGCAGUCCUGCUGAAAGUGGAAAACAACAAAACAGAUGGAAGUCUUGGUUUUGGAACUGGAGUGUCUAUAGGAGUGGCUAUAACAGCUUUCACAGCCGCAUCCAUGGUCCUUGCCGUUUACCUUUGGAGAAGGUACAAAAGAUGUCAGCCAUUCCAGCAUCCGAUAGCAUUCCUGUUCAGGAGCUGACGAGCAUUUCCGCAGAAAUGGAACCGUUCCAAGAUUCCAACUGAGUCAUUCGUAGACUAGUCAUCUCAGGUUUUUUUGGAGCAGCAUUAACAGUCCAGCAUCCUGCACCAACAACUUUGUUUCUGGUCUGUCAUGAAGCUACAAUGAGACACUUUAGCAUCCAUCUUAGUGUUUACAUAUGUACAAUGAAAACACUUAACCCAGUGGAUUUAGUUGUUAGAGAUGGAUAGACACUUCAGACAGGAUGUAAAGCUUUAUUCUUCUAUGUAUUCUAUUUAUUCUAUAAAUUAUUUGUUUUUAAUAAAGGUCUUAUACAAAUGUA